GGAAUAAGACAUUUAAACGGACACGGCACUUCGAUUUUUGCUUGUUUUAUAAAAUAGUAGAUAGUGCGUGAUUUCAGUUGUGCAUUAUUAAUUUAUUAUUAAAAUACCUGUCAUAAUAAAACACUCUUGUAAACGCUUUUGUAAAGAAACAACAAACAAGUAGAACUCUCUAAAAAUAAAUAAAUUUUACUAGUUGCGCAACAUGGCGAGUUCGACUCAGCUGGAUUUCCAAUGAUAACUCUGUGACUGUGACACGCUCUACUUAGCAUUACUAGAUUUAGAAGCAUAAAGAACAGUUAGGGCGAUCGCGGGUGGUGUUGAGGAGUGUGAUGGGACAGCGAGUGGCCGUGGACGGGCACAGCUAGGAGCAGGCGGGGCAUCAACCCGCACUUGUUUCUGUGGACAGCGAGCACAACCGCCAAGCUGGAGCGCCUGCCGGAAUACCUGCGGGAUACCGUCGACUGGUUCAUGGGGUGAGUGCGGCACGACGACAUGCUGGACUGUCUGUGGAAGGCGCGGCGCAAGGACCGCGAGGGCGAGGCGGCCGGCGACCCGAAGCUGUACCUGCAGGAGGCGCUGCUGGAGCGGAAGCUGCCCGAGCUCGACAUGCGCCAGCUCGUCGACCUGCCGCGCGGCCUCGACUACAACGAGUGGCUCGCCUCCCACACCCUGGCGCUGUUCGACCACGUGAACCUGCUGUACGGCUGCGUGUCGGAGUUCUGCACGCCGGCGUCGUGCCCCGACAUGGCGGGCCCCGGCGGCCGCACCUACGCCUGGUACGACGAGCGCGGCAAGAAGUGCCGCCUGGCCGCGCCGCAGUACGUCGACUACGUCAUGACGUACACGCAGAAGACCGUCAACGACGAGACCAUUUUCCCCACUAAAUACGCGAACGAGUUCCCGGCGGGGUUCGAGGGCGUGGUGCGGCGCGUGGUGCGGCUGCUGUACCACGUGGUGGCCCACCUGUACGCGGCGCACUUCCGCAGCCUGGCGCUGCUGCGGCUGCAUGCGCAUCUGCACCUCACCUUCGCGCACCUCACGGCGCUGGACGCGCGCUACGCGCUGCUGGACCACAAGGAGACCGACGUGCUGCGCGACCUGGAGGUGGCGCUGCGGCUGACGGAGCCGGCGGGAGCGGGGCUGGGGGCGGCGGGGGCCGCGGGGCUGGGGGCGGCGGGGCCGGGGGCCGCGGGUGGCAGCGCCGACUCGUCGCCACGCCGCCGCGAGCCCGUGGUGACGCAGCCGCUGGCCACCGCGUGAUGCGGCCGCGAGCCCGCGGUGCCGCCGCUGCCCCCGCCCCGGGCCGCCCGCCUCGAGCCUGUACUUACCGCGCCGUGUGCCCGUGAUGCCCCGCGGCAUCGCCGCGACGCGAUCCUUGACGCGUGAACCUUCUAUAAGUUGAAAGAUUGUUAACUCUAUUGUAAAUAUUUCGAUCUGUUAAGUAGUUUUAGGUGAUUAUGAUUAGUUUUACUAUAAUUUGUGAUUGCUUUGGUUGUAAAUAAAAGUGAUAUUUGUUUAACUAAUAAACUAAAAGCUUUAUGAAAGAUUU